UCCAAAAUUCUACACAUGGGUGGACAGCAGUGAAGAUGAGCAUAUGCGACAGAGAGAGGGAGAAACACCUGUGUUCCUUGGGGUGUCAGGACUGUGAGCAUUUCAUCACUAUCCUGCAGCUCAUCUCCAUUGUGCUCCUGGCGGCUCUCCUCACAGCUAUCCUUGUCAAAGGCUCUGUGGUUCCUAGAUCCCAAGAACAUGAUCAGGAAAAGCAACACAUCCACCAGAAACUGGACCAGCUGAAGUCUGGGCUAGACAACCUGUGCCGACCCUGCCCCUGGGACUGGAUGCUCUUCCAAGGGAACUGUUACUUCUUCUCCACAUACCAAAAGAAAUGGAAGGAAUCUGUUACUGCCUGCAAGGACAUGGGGGCCCAACUAGUGGUCAUAAAAAGUAAUGAGGAACAGAGUUUCCUCCAGAGGACUUCUAAGAAAAAAGGCAAUACCUGGAUGGGGCUGUCAGAUGCAAAAGAGGAAGGCCAAUGGCUGUGGGUGGAUGGUUCACCACUGCAGUGGAGGAACUAUUGGUCUGUAGGGGAACCCAACAACCAAGACGAUGAAGAUUGUGCAAUAUUUUCAAAUCCUGGAUGGAAUGAUGUCAUAUGUUCAUAUAAGGCAUUCUGGAUCUGCAAGAAGCCUGCAUCACAUUGCUCUAAGUGAAAUCUGUUCAUCUCCGUAACCUACAUACAGGGCUGCUUAUCAUUUAAUUGAACUUUAAAUGUUCAUUUCAGGUCCUUCUGUCUUUCUAGUGGCACUUGGGUUUCAAAAAUAGAUCUGAAUUCUAAUUUUUCAGACACUUUGUCUUUAAACACCUGGGCCACCACUGUGCCCUCUCCUGUGCCAAUCACUCACUUGGGGUUGAGGUUGGGUUGUUUUCCCCAUGUUUUUAGCAUUCUUCCUGGAAUUAUUUCUGGACUGCUUAUCACUUGUAGAGCUUUGACUGAGAAAGUCCCCUGGACGUUUGCAUAUUUGAACACUUGGUCCCCCUAGGUGGUGCUAUUUGAAAGGGCCUAUGCAACCAGAAAGUAUAUCAUUAAGGGUGGGCUUUGGAGUUUAUAGUCUCACUUCACUAGCUGUUCUCACUUUUCCUCCUGUGUGUGGAAGAAAAUUUGACCAGCCAUCUUCCUGCUCCUUUUCUCAAGCUUUUCCUGACCCUAGUUGUUGCUAUGACUCUCCCGCCACAAAGAACUCUGUCUCUUUGGUUCCAUAAACCAAAAUAAACUGUU